AGAGGGACGGAUUUAGAGCCGGAGGUUGCAGAAGGGAGCCUGAGGUCAAAGGAGGGAUGAGUGACUGGAUUCACUCAUCCAAUAAAUAUUUGGGGGGCAUCUGAAGUGUGCCAAGUACUGUUCCAGGGCCCCAUGCACACAGUGGUGAACAAGAUGGUCUGUGCUGCAAGGGGCUUACUCUGGUGGGGAAAUGGAAAGUAAGCACUAGACUCAAAUAAGAUAAUUUCACUGGUGGUAAGUGUUGGGAUGAAAAUAAGAGUGUAGCAGGCAGGAGGGGAGUUUUGUGGGUCUGGAGAGGUGCAUGGAGAAGGGGGCCUGAGGCGUGACCACCCCUUCCUCCCCUGGGGGACUGCCCACCCGCCCUCGCAAACACCCACGGUUCAGUGCCCACCAGGCCCCCACCUGCCCCAGCAUCCCCUGCGCAGGGAAGCUGGGUGCCUCAGGGAGUCUGGCCACCAUGACACCUCCUCUUCUCUUCUUCCUCCUCUUCCUUAUCCCCGUGAGAGUCAGGUCCCAGAAAUCACAGCUGGUUCAUGCUACAGAGGGAAGGAGUGCUGUGCUGCCGUGCCUCGCGGUGUCCUCAGCCGGCCCUCCCGACGGGCUGUCCUGGUACCCGGAGUGCCAGUCCGCGUUUUUGCGGCUGAGGGGAGGGCUGCCAGGCCUGGGCGUCCUGCUGCUCAUCUUCAACAUCUCUGACCAGAUGGGGGGCUUCUACCUGUGCCAACAGGGGCCACCUUCCAAGCAGGACUGGCAGCCUGGCUGGACAGUCAGCGUGAAAGGCAGCGAGGAGCUGUUCUGGUGGAAUGCCUCAAACAUAGAUGCCCCACACUGUGACCUGAGGAACAGGUCCUCAGGGGCCCGCAGGCCCUCUUCUGAUCACCUCACAAGUUCCCAGCUAUAUGUGUGGACCGAAGACCACCCUGAGAUUUGGGAGACAGGCCCCGAAUGUGCAGCACACAUAAAGGGCAGCCAAAACCGGAGCCUAGACCAAAACCUCAUGGUGGACCCUGGUUCCACUCUCUGUCUGCCCUGUGAGGUGCCUUCUGCCUCCGUGGCCAGAGGGCCCAUCUCCUGGAUCUACAUGCACCCCAAGAAGCCUAACAUCUCAUUACUGACUGUAAACCUGAGUGAGGAUGCUUCAGUCAGAGAGACGAGGGUCUUAAACACUCUCAGGGGAGGGGCUGUUCUGUGGCUGCCCCGGACCACAGCUAGAGAUGCUGGCAAAUAUUACUGUAACCAUGGCAACACUACCACUGAGGUGCAGCUGAAUGUCACUGCCCAGUCAGCAAUACGACACUGGCUGCUGGAGGCUGGCGGCUGGAGAGUCCUGGCUACAACUUUACUUUAUCUGAUAUUCUGCCUGGGUUCCCUUGCGGCCUUUCUUUAUCUUCGAAGAGCCCUGGUCCUGAGGAGGAAAAGAAAGCGAAUGACGGAUCCCACCAAAAGGUUCUUCAGAGUGACACCUCCCCCGGGAAGCGAGGCCCACAACCAAUACGGGAAUGUGCUCUCCCUUUCCACACCCACCACUGGCACAGCGCCCCCAACAAUGCUCCUCUCUCCAGGACGCUCCCUGCAAUGGGCCGCAGGCCUGGGGACCGCAGCCCAGUCCUACAGAAACCCGUGCAGCGAUGUCCAGGAGGCUGGUGCAGUGAGGUCCCGGAGGCAGACAGAAGCUGGCCCAGAAGAAGAAGGGGAGGCCUAUGAGGAGCCAGACAGUGAGGAGGGCUCAGAGUUCUAUGAGAAUGACUCCAACCUUGGGCAGGAUCAGCUCUCCCAGGAUGGCAGUGGCUAUGAGAACCCUGACGAAGACAAGGCCUUGGGUGCUGAGGAUGAAGACUCCUUCUCCAACGCAUCUGAGUCAUAUGAGAACGAGGAUGAGGAGCUGGCCCAGCCAGUCGCCAAGACAAAAGACUUUCUGAGCCCCCAUGGGACUGCUUGGGACCCCAGCCGGGAAGCAACAUCCCUUGACCCCCAGCAUGGCUCCCAAGCCUCCAGCUCUCCAUCACCUGCCCACACAGGGUCCCAGUCCUAUGAGGAUAUGAGAGGAAUCCUGUAUGCAGCCCCCCAGCUCCGCUCCCUUCGGGCCCAGCCCAGUCCCAGUCAUGAGGACGACGCAGACUCUUAUGAGAACAUGGAUAAUCCCGAUGGGCCAGAACCAGCAUGGGGAGGAGGGGGCCACAUAGGGACCUGGAGCACCCCGUGAUUCCCUUCAGCCUGGCCCUCCUCAGGCUCCUGAGAUCCACACCGGACUCUGACAUCUGGUGACCCAGAGCAGGUGAUGCCAGCCUCGAGUGAUGUUGCCCAGGACGUGAGAAUCUGUGUGCGUUCAUGCACACAAGUGAGACUUCCAGUUCCCUUUGCACUGCCCAAAUAAACUCUACGAGUUCUUGCA